AUGGCCCUGAAGCGCCCCAAAUACUUUCAGAAGCAUGGCGUCGCCAACCGCCUCGAGAAGCGCGCUCUGCUCAUCGCUGUCAACUGUGUGGCAGCCUUGUCCAUCUUCUUCUUUGGAGUAAUGGGUGGCGUGAACACGGCUCGCAACUAUGCUCAACUGAUGGGGUUCGGCCAUUUCGAUGAAGCCGAUGGGUUGGUCAAAGUCGACCGUCCGCUUCUACAGGGCGGCAUUGUGAGCAAACACACGACUUCAGCGCAAGCUCAGAGCUAA